AUGAACUUGUCAGGUCAAAUCCACCCUGAUUUUUGUAAUCUUUUGUAUCUUAACAAGGUGGAUUUUUCACACAAUAAUUUCACUUGCCCUCUACCUGUUUGUUUUGGGAACUUACUUAACCUUAGAGUUAUUGAUCUUAGUCACAACAGGUUUCAUGGUGGAAUACCGGAUUCUUUCAUGAGGCUUAAGCUUCUCACUGAACUUGUUUUGAAUGAGAAUCCACUCUUGGGAGGUUUCCUCCCUUUAUGGAUAGGUAACUUUUCUGCAAAUCUUGAAAGAGUUAAUCUUGGUUUCUGUUCAUUCAGUGGAGGAAUACCUGAGAGUUUACUUUACUUGAAGUCUCUUAAGUAUUUGGACCUUGAAAACAAUUUAUUGUCUGGGAAUCUUGUUGUUUUUCAACAACCUAUGGUUAUUCUCAACCUUGCUUCCAAUCAGUUUACAGGUACUUUGCCUUGUUUUGCAGCUUCAGUUCAGUCGCUAACUGUGUUGAAUUUGUCUAACAAUUCUAUUAUGGGGGGUUUACCUGCUUGUAUUGCUUCCUUUCAAGCUUUGACUCAUUUGAAUCUAUCAAGGAACCAUUUAAAGUAUAGAAUAUAUUCAAAGAUUGUGUUCUCGGAGAAACUUGUUGUUUUGGACUUGAGUAAUAAUGAUUUGUCUGGUCCUAUUCCUAGUAAAAUUGCAGAGACCACAGAAAAACUUGGCCUUGUUUUUCUUGACCUUUCUCACAAUCAAUUCUCUGGUGAAAUUCCUUUGAAAAUCACCGAGUUGAAAAGUUUGCAGGCUUUGUUCCUUUCUCACAAUCUUCUUUCGGGGGAAAUUCCUUCUAGAAUUGGAAAUUUGACUUAUCUUCAAGUCAUUGAUCUCUCACACAACUCUCUGUCUGGUACCAUUCCUUUCAGCAUUGUUGGGUGCUUUCAGUUGUAUGCUCUUAUACUUAAUAACAACAAUCUUUCUGGCAUAAUUCAACCGGAGUUCGAUGCAUUGGAUAUUUUGAGGAUACUAGAUAUAAGCAACAAUAGGUUUUCGGGGGCUAUUCCACUCACUUUGGCUGGAUGCAAAUCUUUGGAGAUUGUGGAUUUCAGUUCCAAUGAUCUUUCUGGAUCAUUGAAUGAUGCAAUAACCAAAUGGAUGAACCUCAGGUAUCUUUCUCUUGCUCGGAACAAAUUCGAUGGAAACUUGCCUAGUUGGUUGUUCACAUUUCAAGCUUUAGAAACGAUGGAUUUGUCACACAACAAGUUUUCUGGCUUUAUACCUGAUGUUAAUUGGAAGAGUAGCUUAUUAUUUAACACAAGGGAUGUUACUGUUGCUGUUAAAGAAGAGCCUUUGGUUGAAGCGAGAAGGGUUGAACCAAGAGUUUCAGUAGGUGUUUCUGAUAGCAACCAACUCAGUUUCACAUACGAUCUUUCAUCAAUGUUCGGAAUCGAUCUAUCCAAUAAUUUGUUGCAUGGAGAGAUUCCAAGGGGCUUAUUUGGCCUAGCUGGUCUAGAAUAUCUGAAUUUGUCAGGCAAUUUUCUCAAUGGACAGCUUCCUGGUUUGCAGAAAAUGCAAAGUUUGAAAGCCAUAGAUUUGUCGCAUAAUUCCUUAUCGGGACAUAUCCCUGGAAACAUUUCCAGCCUUCAAGAUCUAACCAUCUUGAAUCUGUCUUACAACUGUUUCUCUGGAUAUGUUCCUGAGAAGCAAGGGUAUGGAAGAUUUCCUGGUGCAUUUGCUGGCAAUCCAGAUUUAUGCUUAGAAUCUCUGAGUGGAAUAUGUGAUGAUGGAAGGAUUCCAUCUAAUCAAGACAAUUAUUUUAAGGAAGAUAAGAUGGAUGGGCCUAUAUCUGUAGGGAUUUUCUUUAUCAGUGCCUUUGUUAGCUUUGAUUUUGGUGUUGUUAUUCUAUUCUGUUCUGCUCGAACAAGAAAGUACAUUCUCCAAAUCAAAGCUUGA